AUGUGUCAAGGAAUAACGAGUACAACGAUCGUAAAUGAAAAUCUAUGCAAUCAGGAAGGAUUAGACUGUGAUCUCCGUGCUACCUGUGUACGUUCUAUCUUGAAUGACACAAUAUAUUAUCAAUGUCGAUGUGCAAAUGGCUACUACGGUGAUGGAAUAAAAUGUGAAGACAUUAACGAAUGCAAUAGCUCCCAAUCAGUGUGCACUCUACAGCACCAAAUCUGUAUCAAUACUGAUGGUGACUUUAGAUGUAGAUGUGAUCAGGAAACUACCGGCAUAUCAUAUCAUAAGAAUUGUACUGAAUGUAAUGCAAAUUGCUCAAAUACAACGGUUUGUGUUGUCACUAAUGACGAUCGGGCUAUAUGCAGUUUGGCUCCUGCAAGUUUAAGACUCGUAACAAGAUGUAUCCCAGGGAAAGAAGGUAUUUGUCCAAUACCGCCUAGCUUUGACUUUCGCACGAUAACAGGAUUAAUCACGGGAGGAGUUGCAUUUGUAGUUAUUGUUUGCCUACUUUCUAUAUUUUGCUACUUGAAAAGGAAAAGUGCUGCAAAAUUGGAAGACGAUAAACAAGAACAUAAGCAAAAGUCCUAG